UUUUAAGAAAAUUUUUAAAUCCAAUAAUAAUAGAUAUGUCAACCAAUCUUUGAUUAACAUUAGGAAGAACAUCCUCAGACUAUUUUCAGCUAUCAGGUGUCUUCAAUGCGCCGCCGCUUACUCGUCUGUAUCAACGCAAAUGGUGGUCACACCCGUUACUGACAUUGUUAAUAGAGUUGUUACAGUACCCCAGUUCUAGGGCGUGUCGCUCUGUUCCUUGCUACCAGGUGUGGGUUUUGGCGAUGGAUUUGUUAUGAUAAAACAUUGAUCAAACAAUUGACCAAAUAUUAUGUUGAUAUUUUGAAUAAAAUAUUAACAUUUACACAAUUUUGUAUGAACCAUAGUCACCCCCACCCCCCACCCCUGCAAGUAUACGUUUCCAGCUUUACAUUUUUGAAUUGGUUCUCAAAAUGCCAGUACGCAGGCAUUCAAUGUCAGCAUCAAACUGGCAGAAAAAUAAAAAAGGUGAUACAUGGCAGUGUAUGUAAAUGUUUGACAAUGAUUGUAACUGUGUUACAUUGUUUCUGUUGAGAUUCGAUAGACGCUCAUUGUAUUGUGUUUGGAUAGUGAUUAAUCGUCAGGAAUUUGCUAUAUUUAGAAGCUGGUGUGGUGUGUAAAGGAUGUUACCGAAGUUUAUAUGAUUGUCUAUGUUGUGAGGGCACUGUGAGGUACUUUCCAUUAGCUAGUUAGACUAUAUAAGGACACAAAAGCGUGUUUGCGUAUCUUUCACGCAUAUUGAUCACAUCGGAUCCAGCCUUCGUGUGAGGAUCGCUCAUCAUUCCCUGCCUAGACCAUCCUGGUAGCUUGACCACUGUCGCCGCUGGGUGAAUAUAUAUAAUUUAUCGCUGACUUUUUUAUAACCACUGUAUUUUUGUAUUUGAUACUGACCACUGUCUUCAUAUUAUAUACUGUCGUUGAAUAUUGUACUACGUACCGCUCUAUUGUUUACUGUUAUUGUAAUUGAUGUGCUGUAAUUCGUGUUGAUUUGAAAACCAAGUUAAGUUUGUAAUACAUUUGUUGAUUGUAUACGUUCUUUUACGUACAUAUUUCAGGGUUAACAUAUUGUUUCAAUUUGGGAAUCGACAAAGGCGUAAACAAGAGUUCCACACAGUGCACAAAAGAUUAUAUAUGAACUCAUAAGGCCUCAUUGCUAUGAUAUUUUGUUAUCAAAGGGGACAGAAGAACCAGUUGGUAUUGAGAAGUGAAUAUUCUUUAGAUUAUCAGAAGGGGUGUUAUUGGUGUGUCACCAAACCCAACAAUGUCAAUAUCGGACUCACAGGGCAAAAGAGAAGACUUGUUUCCCUUAUAUGUCGUUAUAGAACGGGCGGUUAAAGUGCUUCACCUUGUUGACUUGGUGUUAUCUGACCCCAAAGGCGUGCACUUUUAGUCGUGUAAUCAGAUGCUGUUUUAAUUGGUUCUCGCUUUUCGCGCAUCAUCGUAUAUAUGUCAGUCUCACAAAGAACGUGCUCUUUAUAUAUAGAUCGUGUUGCGUCGCACGUAUGAAGGUUGUUUGAAAGACUGUCAUCUCGGUGGGGCAGCUUAAAUGUGCUCAGAGAUAGCGAUGUAUGGUUGUGCUCAUUUGGUGUAGCUACGCUGUAAGAGAUAACGUCUUAUAAUCACUUGACAGAUAUAAGAAGAAGGCAGACACGAGACCUGCACCUCAAGAAUGUCCAUCCGUGUAUUCUCUUCAGCGAUACGAACACAUUUACAUAUUCACAAAAUACAUGCAGCUGUAUCUGUGAGAUACUAUGCAGGUCUUCCAAAAGCGUAUAUGCCAUAUGGAAACACUGGAGACGGAAAUUAUGGAUCAACACUCGGAAAGCAGAAUGCUGGCUACAUGGAACCAGUACGAGACAAGAUCCUUAACUUGGUCAAAUCCAUUACAUUCACUGCCAAAGACUCAGUGUUCAACAUAGGCGACUAUGGCGCAGCUGAUGGCUCUGCUUCCAUGGUCAUCAUUGGGCAGAUGUUGGCAACUCUGAAAGAUCAGCAUGGUCCAGAGGCAUCUAUGAAGACUUGGAAUUGAAUGAUUUCAAUUUCCUGUUCAAACGUAUGUCAGGAAUCAUUCCUGAACCGCCUUCAUACCUUCUGGAAAUGGACAACGUCUAUGUUCUCGCUGCUGGGACCAACUUCUACAAACAAUGUGUACCUUCAAAUUCAAUGCAUUUCCUCAUGUGUAUGGUCGCUGUUCACUGGCUGUCGAAGACUCCAACAAACGUUAAGGACUCAAUUUACAAAUACCCUGAGGGUAGUGCCGAGGAGAAGAUGGCUUUAGAAAAACAGUCUGAGGUCGACUUCGAGACCUUCUUACUUUUGAGAAGUCGAGAAUUUAAAAAGGGAGGCCUACUUGUCAUUUAUGCCGGCUGUGAGUAUGAAGAUGGAAAUAGUGGAAAAGUCAAGUAUCUUUCUGAGACGUUCAUAACGUUACUCACUGAGGUAUGGAAGGAAUAUAGAGAAUCUGGGAAAAUCUCAAAAGAAGAAUUUUUUAAUACAAUUUUUUCAGUUUGCCUUCACAGCAUGGCUAAGAUGAGAAAACCAUUCGAUGACAAAAUGUCAGCAGUUUCCAAAUCCGGACUCUGUCUCUUGUCAGCUGAAACGGUUAUCAACCCUGACAUAUUUUACACAACAUGGAGGGAAAAGAAAGACAAGGAAGGGAUUGAUGACAGGGAGGAGUUUGCCAGGAUGCUCAAGUCGGCCCAUAGGAACUGGAGCAAUAGCACCUUCAUGAACGGCCUCUCAGACUCCCGCUCACAGGAGGAGAAGAAGAAGAUAGAAGAAGAUAGUGGAUGAGUUGUAUGACGUUGAAAAACGAAUUUCAGAAAUGAGUCCCGAAGAAUUCAAGGAUGAUGUACGAUUAAUAUAUCUUGUGAUCAGAAAAGAAUAGUCAGCUCACAAUCCUCAAGAAGAGCAAAACUUUGAAUCAUGUGAACAGACAUACAUGCAAAACAACUGAUACCAUGUGAUCCAUUUUAAUUCUUUAAUGUCCUUAAAGACUUCAAAAUUCAGGAAGCACAAACAAUUUCACAUACUGACACCAUUUCACCCAAGUUGUUUAACUUUAGGAACGUGGAUUUGGCAUGUUGUGAUGUAAUUCCACUACAUGUAGCUGCUAGACUGAUCAUACUGCUUCCAACACGGUGGUCAUACAUGAUAACAAGUGUUUUUUUCUAUUGUUGACAAUGACAAGAAUGACAACCUUCAUCGGUUGUUCAAGUAUGGACCAAUAUAUCGUGAGCAGCGUUGUGCCGAUUGCUUUCUCAACUUUAAAUAAUUAUGGAUGUUGACGAGGCAUAUGCCAAAAAUGGGCACAAAAAGAAGAGGAACCUGUCUUUCUUGGGGUCAAGUCAGUGCGUGAUUUCACUGGUAGAAGCACAAACUAAUAAAAGGGAACCAGAAUUGGAUUUAACAUAUCCUGGCUGCCCGAUAUGAAAUGUUUGUAGUUGUUCCCAAAAGCAAAGGCCUCAAAUAGCAUUACCAUUGUAUGUUAGCAUCACUAUAUUAAUGACAAUGGUAAUCGUGAACUGUUCUUAGGCCAAAAUACCCAUAAUACAAAUGGUUUUACUUAUAUAACAUGGUUUUAACUUCUUGUUGUAUAUUUCCAUGGAUGUUGUGUUGAACAUAGUAUACACGAAUUUAGUAAGCAUUAA